UUUUAUAUAUUAUCCACAACACUAGUUUUUUUUGGCAAAUUUAGUCCAAUUUUUAAGAAAACACCGUUCUUUAAAGCGCUGUCCAACAUGUCACAGGAAUUCAACAAAGCGGCCGAGGAUGUGAAAAAUCUGAACACCACGCCCUCAGAUAAUGAUCUGCUGGAACUAUAUAGCCUCUACAAGCAGGCCACCGUGGGAGACUGCAAUACAGAUAAGCCCGGCUUUCUGGACUUCAAAGGCAAGGCCAAGUGGGAGGCGUGGAACAACCGCAAGGGCAUGAGCAAGUCUGACGCCGAGAGUGCUUACGUUGCCAAGGCCCAGGCUCUGGUAACUUCUUUGGGUCUCAAAGCAUAGAUACUUUUACCCAGACCGGUAUUUUCUCCAUACAUCCGUUGCAUUUGCAAUCUCAGUGGUCGUCAACCGCACAAAGUUUUUUAAUUUUCAGGCUUUUGCACCAAAUAUACACCGACUUAACGAACUGCA